AUUGUACGUAGUUAGCUAUCAGCAUUCACAGCACGAACAGACCUCGCAUAUUAUCAGCUUUGUUUAUUGCGAAAGUUAUGCGAUAGGCUGUAUAUUAUAAAUUUCUACCCGCAAGUGAUAACAAGAAAUAUUAGGAUUGAAGAUACCUAGCAUUCCGCUGGUCUUAUCUAUAAUGUGCUUAUAAAUGCGUAAGUCAACGAACGCUGGUUAUAAAGUUUGUACAGCUCUCAACCAAUUCUGAUCAGCAAUUAAGAUGCAGUUUAUCUUAUUGUUCGUCAUAAGCGUGGCAUCGUCAGUCGAGUGCCUCAACAAUGGACUCGCCCUCUCUCCACCGAUGGGCUGGUUGUCGUGGCAACGGUUUAGAUGCAUCACUGAUUGUGACAAAUACCCUAAUGAAUGUAUAAGUGAGGCUCUCAUAAAGCGAACUGCGGAUAAAAUGGUGGGGGAUGGUUACCUGACCGCGGGCUAUAAUUACGUGGGUAUAGAUGAUUGCUGGAGUGAGAAAUAUCGUGACGAGAACGGGAAGCUGGUUCCAGACAAGAAACGAUUCCCCAAUGGAAUGAAGGCGGUCGGCGAUUACCUUCACGCCAAGGGCUUUAAGUUUUUCCUGUACCAAGACUACGGGAACAAAACCUGCGCUGGUUACCCAGGUGUGUUGGGCCACGAGAAGACCGAUAUCGCGUCUUUUGUCGAAUGGGGAGUGGAUUACAUCAAACUGGAUGGAUGCAAUGUCGAAAUAUCGCAAAUGGAUACGGGUUAUCCGGAAUUCGGGAAAUAUAUGAAUGAAAGUGGACGUGAAAUGGUCUAUUCUUGUAGUUGGCCUGCGUAUCAAUCUAAUCCUGAUUACCCCUCUAUAAUGGAGCACUGCAACUUGUGGCGCAACACGGAUGACAUUGAAGACUCGUGGGCGUCCCUCACCAGCAUUAUGGAUUGGUUUGCAGAGCGACAGGAUGACCUCGUGAAGUAUGCUGGUCCAGGACAUUGGAAUGAUCCAGAUAUGUUGCUUAUAGGAAACUUCGGUCUAUCUCUGGACCAGGCGCGAGUCCAGAUGGCGGUGUGGUCCAUAUUAGCAGCACCACUCUUCAUGAGUGUAGAUCUGGACACGAUUCGUAAUGAGUUCAAGGAAAUUUUGCUGAAUGCUGAUAUAAUUGCUGUAGACCAAGACGAGUUGGGAAAACAGGGAAUAAGGACGUGGAAUAAAUCAAAAUGUGAAAUUUGGCGGAGGGAGUUGACAGACGGUUAUGCGGUGGCGUUUGUAAGUAGACGUUCAGAUGGCACUCCGUACUCCCUCACAGCUACAUUUGAGGAUAUGAAGAUUCCACAACAAUCAUACACUGUUAAGGAUUUGUACAACGAAGAGAAAGAUCGGUCUUUUGGUUCUGAUGAUGGAAAAUUUGAGACUCGUGUCAAUCCUUCAGGUGUGAAGUUCUACAAAUUUAUACCAGUUCAAGAAAAUGAGGUAAUAGUCUCCAGUAUAGCGCGAUAAUCAAAGUAAAAUAAUAAAUGAUAAUUAAAUUUAAA